UCCAAUCUAUCAUAUUACAUAGAUCUACCUAUGAAAACAAAAAUGUUGUCUGAGCGGCUCUAUAAAUUCUGCCCCAAACCCCAUUGCCUUGCUUGCCCCGCUCCCUUUUAGCUAAGCUCUAUCUCCCACCUGUCUAACGCAGCGAACUUCCUACUAGAUGCCAUGGUCGAAUCGACCCCAACCAAAUUCCGCGCCAUCAUUGUCGGCGCGGGACCCGUGGGCUUGUACCUGGCACAUGCCCUUUGUAGAGCAAAUAUCGAUUACGUGGUGCUUGAGCAGCAUGAUACGGUGCUUCGAUAUCAAGGCGCUGGCGUUCUCCUAUACCCACAAACGCUUAGGCUGCUGGACCAGAUCGGCCUUUAUGAGAAAGCCGAGAAAGACUUCAUCAUAAACCACACCCACACAGAUCUGCUGACCGGGAACGGCCGGGUAAUCAAGUCAACUCCCCUGUGGUCGAUACUAGCAGAACGUCAUGCGUAUCCGAUGGCGGGCCUCUCCCGCGGGCAGUUGAUUGCCCUCCUCUAUGAGAAUCUACCGGAGAAAGAGACGCGGGUAAAAGCUGGUGCAGCUGUCCUUGAUGUAAAAGUACAUGAGAAAGGUGUCAAGGUCCAUUUAAAAGAUGGCAGGACAGAAGAGGGUUCUAUCCUGAUCGGCGUCGAUGGUGUCUACAGCAAGACGCGCCAGAUAAUGCAACAGCUAGCUCAAACACCGCCUGACACAUGGCCUAUGACUGCCACCUACCAGGGCCUCUACGGGUGCUUUCAUUCCUGCCACGGCUUUGAGCCGGGUACCUUCUACCAAUCACGCGGCAGUGGAAUUGUUUCGCAGAUUAUGGUCGGUGCAGACAGAGGGCACUUUGCCAUUCUGCGCCCCAUUCCGCCGACAGCAGGGCUGAAGCGGUAUACAACUGAGGAUCGGGACCGCCUCGCCGAAGAGCUUUCAAACAUCUCGGUCGGGCCCGGCGUCCGCUUUCAAGAUAUGUGGGAGCUUACCGUUAAGGAGACCGCUGCGAUGGUGAAUCAGGAGGAAGGAUACUGCGAUAAGUGGUAUCACGAGCGGGUUGUGCUUGCGGGCGACGCUGUGCAUAAAGCUACAUCUGUAACGGGCUUGGGCGUGAACACCGGCAUCAAUUCAGCUGCAGUGUUAGCUAACGAGCUUUACCGCACCCUGAAAUCCGAACCCGACCCGGGCACGGGGGCGAUCGAGGACGCCUUCGCCCGGUAUCAGCAGAUCAGGGACAACGAAGCCAGCCGACUACAUGCCGUUGGUAGAAAACAGAUCCGUGGCGUCACCUGGGAGACCUGGGCGGACUGGUUCUUCGAUCGUUUCGUCAAUCCCUGGAUCGGCGUAGACAGAGUGGUGGAAAUCAUCGGGAAACUUAUCAAAAGAGGACAGAUUUUGGAAUACGUACCCUUCAAAGAUCGAAAAGUCCAGGUGCCUUGGAAUCAUAGCCCUACUGCUCAGGUGAUCCGAGAUCCACUGUCGUGACUAUCGUGGCGUUUUGCCUUAAUAAGAUUACUAAUAGUUAUUGUAUGGUUUUUUUUUCGGUCGAUUCUAUACACGGGCCAAGCUUGAGCUUCAGCUAGGGUAUCAUAUUUUGCGGCAUUACCCCAUUUUAAGUCAACUUCGCCUGUUCACGGAAAAGGCGCUACCAGGAUUGGCUUGUUUGUUAGUAUAAAGUCGGUUGCACUACUAUAUUUGUUUCGCAUAUUAACGGAUAGUAGUUUGUUGUGGAGUAAACGUUGUUGUUAUUCUAAAGUUCUAGAAAGCUGAUUUGAAACGAGAGAAUUUGGUCUUAUCUCAUACAUUACGUAAUAACCC